AUGCCCAUGUCGUUGCUUGCCUGUCUAUCCAUCUGCGGCCCCCUUCUCAUCAUCCCAUCACAUCAUGCCCUGGGACCAUUCCGUCUGUUCCCCCCGUACCCUCCGGGCGGGGUUGAUGAUGAAGCCAUGGCUUGCAAUCGGACGAAUCGAGGGCUCAAUGUCUUAUCCCCCUCCAAGACGAGACGAGAUGGAGUCCGAGGAGGGUCUCGAAAAACUAUAAAAGGGCACAAGUUGAGCGGUUUGACAUUCUGUUCUUCUUCUUCCUUUCUCAUCACUGCUUCGGACCAUAUUGCAAGCUUUCUGCCUAGCUUUCUCCAAGUUCAAGUUCUACACAUCUUCAACAAACUUCAUCACAUCAAGCAACUUCCCUGCGCUCUGUCUUACCCAAGACCCCUCUCAAGUGACCGGCCCAUUCCCAGUCCAAACAACACCAGCAACGUCGGAAACUUUAGUCAUCGCCUCGUUUGCUUCAGACAGAGAAGUUCCACACACGCAUCACAAGUCUAUUUGUUGAAAUCGUCCGGCCUCAACUUUCGCCCAUCAUGUCUGCCCACUACAACGCAUACUCGCUCCCCAUGCCCGUCCCCAACCACAAGGGCCAGCAAUACCCAAGCUACAGCAGCACAUACUCCGUGUCACCACCGGAGACGGACGAAUCCGUCAGUUCUGGAACCGGUCCCUCAUACAGCAACAGCGGUUACUCUGGAGCCUACUCUGUGGCCAACUCCAGCUACGCCGGCAGCAACAGCGGCGACUUUGACAGCACCCACUCAGCCAGCGGCGUCGACUUCAACGACUACAUGCAGGACCGCUUCGCCCAGACCUUUGACCCAAUUCCCAUGGACCGCAACAUUGCGGUCCAGGCGCAAACAUCUGGCAAACUCAACGCAAAGCACCGUGAGCUGCUGGAGCUGCAAAAGAAGGCGCAAGCCCGUCUCGCAAAGACCCGUGAGCGCUUCAACGAGGGUUACCGCGACGCUCAGGACGUGCGCGCGGACCUCGAGUGGACGCAGAAGAAAGUCUCAUCACUCAAGAGCAAGACUGCUCGCAAGCACACCAAGGAAUACAACAAGGCGCGCGCUCGCUACCCGUCGCCAGAGUACUAGAAAAAAAAAACACCAUUGCGGGUUUUUUUCUUCUUCUUACGGUUACGAUGAUUUGAGCAGCGGCGGGUGGUUUUCUUCAGCCUCGCGAUAA